GAGCAGAUUCUCUCCUCCUGCCCGCCCCCCGGCCGCCGGGCACUCCCCUCCUGGGCCCGCCGUGGAGGCAGCCGGCGUGUGCCUGGGGCAACCGGUCACGAGGCUCCGCCCCGGCCGCCGGGCCCGGGGGGACGGCACUUUGUUCAGGAUGCCGCCUCCCUCCUCAUUGUGGGGCUGGGACCCGCGGCUGCCCUAGUGCAGGGCCUGAGCCGGAGUGCGCGGCUGACGCUAACCCUGGUGCGAGGGGCCAAGGCGGCCUGGGGAGCCCCGGGAAACUUUGUGCUCGCAAGAAGCGGACCCCGCACCCGCGCUGCCCCGGGGGAUGCGCGAUUCUGCACGGCGGCGGCGCGAUCCCGGAGCCCCGGCGGGCAGACGCUCCGGACAGUAGCCCACCCUUCUAGCCUUGCAGACCGUGAAUGGGAUGGCCAAUGUGAAUCCCGCCAGCCGCCCUCACUACGCCUCCUCCAUCCCGGUGCCUCGUGCCUCUUCCCAGACCAGGAUUCCUACACCGGGUGCUUCUCCCCAGCUGCGGCCGCGCCAGGCCAGCCUGGCCCUGAGCCCACAGAGAGCGGCCUCCCCCAGACUGGGAAAGGCUGCAGGUCCUUCUAGAAACUCCUCUCCUAGGGCCUCCCGGGGGAGAGGCUCUCCCAAGUUUGCUGGAUCUGUGAGGGAGUCAGCCGAGGAUGGGGAAGUCUCCUCCAGCUCCCCAUGGAAUAGUCCCAGGACAACCCCGAAAGCAGUCCUCUCCAGCCGGGCUGGAUCCGGAAGAAUUGGGGAGAGACAAAGCACCCAGGGAAAGAAGAAGAAAGCCCAGGAAGGGACUCCAGUCUGCCAGACCCGGGGCAGAAGCCCUUCUCGGACGAGCUUUCAAGGAGAAACUCAAAUACCAGGGGCUCCGGAAGUUCGGAAGCCUCCAAGCGGCCCAGGAAAAGACCAAAGAGAUAUAAACUACAAAAGUUCUGGGACCCCCAGGUCUUUGGAGCCUGAUGAGCGGGCAGCUUCAUGGGCUUCCUCGCCAGUCUGCAGCCCAGCGCAGGGCAAGCGCCCCUCUCCCUCUCCGGGGGCCAUUAGCUUCUCCUCGGUCCAUCAGCAGAGUCAGCCAGUCACAGCCACGGUGGCUCCCUUCCAGUACAGGUUGCAAACUGACCAGAAACCUGGCCCCCUCUCCCAGGGCAGCUGGGCCCUUGAUGGCUACACUGAGCCCCUCCAUGAGACUGAGGAGAGCUUCUCCUGCAUGGACGCGCGGAUCGUCCAUGCGCUCCUCGCGGGCAGAAUGCUGGGCAGCAGCGUCAAGAGCGUGCAGCCCGAGGUGGAGCUGAGCAGCGGCGGCGGCGACGAGGGCGCGGACGAGCCGCGGGGCGCCGGCAAGAAGGCGGCGGCGGCGGACGGCAGAGGCAUGCUGCCCAAGCGCGCCAAGGCGCCCGGCGGCGGCAGCGGCAUGGCCAAGGCCAGCGCGGCUGAGCUGAAGGUCUUCAAGUCCGGCAGUGUGGACAGCCGUGUCCCCGGUGGGCCGCCAGCCUCCAACCUGCGCAAGCAGAAGUCGCUCACCAACCUCUCUUUUCUCACGGACUCCGAGAAAAAGCUGCAGCUUUAUGAGCCCGAGUGGAGCGACGAUAUGGCCAAGGCGCCCAAAGGCUUAGGCAAGGUGGGGUCCAAGGGCCGUGAAGCUCCGCUGAUGUCCAAGACACUGUCCAAGUCGGAGCACUCGCUCUUCCAGGCCAAGGGCAGCCCGGCGGGCGGCGCCAAGACCCCCCUGGCUCCACUUGCGCCCAGCCUGGGAAAGCCGAGCCGGAUCCCUCGAGGACCCUAUGCGGAGGUCAAGCCGCUCAGCAAGGCGCCUGAGGCUGCCGUGAGCGAAGAUGGCAAAUCCGACGACGAGCUGCUCUCCAGCAAGGCCAAGGCGCAAAAGAGCUCUGGGCCCGUCCCCUCCGCCAAGGGCCAGGAGGAGCGCGCCUUCCUCAAGGUGGACCCCGAGCUGGUGGUGACAGUGCUGGGAGACCUGGAGCAGCUGCUCUUCAGCCAGAUGCUGGACCCAGAGUCCCAGAGAAAGAGGACAGUGCAGAAUGUCCUGGAUCUCCGACAGAACCUGGAAGAGACCAUGUCCAGCCUGCGGGGGUCCCAGGUGACUCACAGCUCCCUGGAGACGACCUGCUAUGACAGCGAUGAUGCCAACCCACGCAGCGUGUCCAGCCUCUCCAACCGCUCGUCCCCUCUCUCAUGGCGCUAUGGCCAGUCCAGUCCGCGGCUGCAGGCUGGUGACGCGCCCUCUGUGGGUGGGAGCUGCCGCUCGGAGGGGACACCCGCCUGGUACAUGCACGGGGAGCGGGCCCACUACUCCCACACCAUGCCCAUGCGCAGCCCCAGCAAGCUCAGCCACAUCUCUCGCCUGGAGCUGGUCGAGUCCUUGGACUCAGAUGAGGUGGACCUCAAGUCCGGCUACAUGAGUGACAGUGACCUCAUGGGCAAGACCAUGACGGAAGAUGACGACAUCACUACCGGCUGGGAUGAAAGCAGCUCCAUCAGCAGUGGACUCAGCGAUGCCUCAGACAAUCUCAGUUCAGAAGAAUUCAAUGCUAGCUCCUCACUCAACUCCCUCCCAACUACUCCCACUGCUUCUCGCAGGAACUCAACAAUAGUGCUACGCACAGACUCAGAGAAGCGCUCACUGGCAGAAAGUGGGCUGAGCUGGUUUAGUGAAUCAGAGGAGAAGGCCCCUAAAAAACUGGAGUACGACAGUGGUAGUCUGAAGAUGGAACCUGGGACUUCGAAGUGGCGGAGGGAGCGGCCUGAGAGCUGUGAUGAUUCAUCCAAGGGUGGAGAACUGAAAAAGCCCAUCAGCCUGGGACACCCUGGUUCCCUGAAGAAGGGCAAGACCCCACCUGUGGCUGUAACUUCCCCCAUCACUCACACUGCCCAGAGUGCCCUCAAAGUCGCUGGUGAGCCUGGGAUAAAGGAAGGCAAACCUGAGGGCAAAGCUACAGACAAGGGUAAGCUUGCAGUGAAGAAUACUGGGCUCCAACGCUCCUCCUCUGAUGCUGGUCGGGACCGCCUGAGUGAUGCUAAGAAGCCCCCCUCAGGCAUUGCUCGCCCCGCCACUUCUGGAUCCUUUGGCUACAAGAAGCCUCCUCCUGCCACAGGCACAGCCACCGUCAUGCAAACCGGUGGUUCAGCCACUCUCAGCAAGAUCCAGAAGUCCUCAGGCAUCCCUGUCAAGCCAGUAAAUGGGCGCAAGACUAGCUUAGAUGUGUCCAACAGCGCAGAGCCAGGAUUCCUGGCUCCUGGAGCCCGUUCUAACAUCCAGUACCGCAGUCUGCCCCGGCCAGCCAAAUCCAGUUCUAUGAGCGUGACCGGCGGGCGGGGUGGACCUCGCCCUGUGAGCAGCAGCAUUGACCCCAGCCUCCUCAGCACCAAGCAGGGAGGCCUUACACCUUCCAGACUGAAGGAGCCUACCAAGGUAGCCAGUGGGCGGACCACUCCAGCCCCUGUCAAUCAGACAGAUCGGGAAAAGGAGAAGGCCAAAGCCAAGGCAGUGGCCUUGGACUCAGACAACAUCUCUUUGAAGAGUAUUGGCUCCCCAGAAAGUACUCCCAAGAACCAAGCAAGCCACCCCACAGCCACCAAGCUGGCAGAGCUGCCACCAACCCCUCUCAGGGCCACAGCGAAGAGCUUUGUCAAACCACCCUCACUAGCCAAUCUUGACAAGGUCAACUCCAAUAGUCUGGAUCUACCAUCAUCCAGUGAUACCACCCAUGCUUCAAAGGUCCCAGAUCUGCAUGCUACAAGCUCAGCAUCCGGGGGCCCUCUCCCUUCCUGCUUCACCCCCAGUCCAGCACCCAUCCUCAAUAUUAACUCAGCCAGCUUCUCCCAGGGCCUGGAGCUAAUGAGUGGUUUCAGUGUGCCAAAAGAGACUCGCAUGUACCCCAAACUCUCAGGCCUGCACAGGAGCAUGGAGUCCCUCCAGAUGCCAAUGAGCCUGCCCAGUGCCUUCCCCAGCAGUACUCCCGUCCCCACCCCACCUGCUCCCCCUGCUGCUCCCCCAGAGGAAGAGACGGAAGAGCUGACUUGGAGUGGAAGCCCCAGAGCUGGGCAACUGGACAGUAAUCAACGAGAUCGGAACACUCUUCCCAAGAAAGGGCUCAGGUACCAGCUUCAGUCCCAGGAGGAGACCAAGGAGAGGCGACAUUCCCAUACCAUUGGUGGGCUGCCUGAAUCCGAUGACCAGUCAGAGCUGCCUUCUCCCCCUGCACUUCCCAUGUCUUUGAGUGCAAAGGGCCAACUUACCAACAUAGUGAGUCCCACUGCGGCCACCACGCCAAGAAUCACCCGCUCCAACAGCAUCCCCACCCACGAGGCGGCCUUCGAGCUGUACAGCGGCUCCCAAAUGGGGAGCACCCUGUCCCUGGCCGAGAGACCCAAGGGAAUGAUUCGGUCAGGAUCCUUCCGAGACCCCACGGAUGAUGUUCACGGCUCAGUGCUGUCCCUGGCCUCCAGUGCCUCCUCCACCUACUCCUCAGCUGAGGAGAGGAUGCAAUCUGAGCAAAUCCGGAAGCUUCGUAGGGAACUGGAAUCAUCCCAGGAGAAAGUGGCCACCUUGACGUCUCAGCUUUCUGCCAAUGCUAAUCUAGUGGCUGCUUUCGAGCAGAGCCUGGUGAAUAUGACAUCCCGCCUGCGACACCUGGCAGAGACGGCCGAGGAGAAGGACACUGAGCUGCUGGAUUUGCGAGAAACCAUAGACUUUCUGAAGAAAAAGAACUCUGAGGCCCAGGCAGUCAUUCAGGGAGCCCUUAAUGCUUCAGAAACCACACCCAAAGAACUUCGGAUCAAGAGACAAAACUCCUCAGAUAGCAUCUCAAGCCUCAACAGCAUCACUAGCCAUUCCAGCAUCGGCAGCAGCAAGGAUGCUGAUGCGAAAAAGAAGAAAAAAAAGAGUUGGGUAUAUGAGCUUCGAAGUUCCUUCAACAAAGCGUUCAGUAUAAAAAAGGGGCCCAAGUCAGCUUCCUCAUACUCGGAUAUAGAGGAGAUUGCUACACCCGACUCCUCGGCUCCCUCAUCCCCCAAACUACAGCAUGGUUCUACGGAGACUGCUUCACCCUCCAUCAAGUCGUCCACCUCAUCCUCCGUGGGCACUGAUGUCACUGAGGGCCCCGCUCACCCAGCCCCCCAUACUAGGCUGUUCCAUCCAAAUGAGGAGGAGGAGCCGGAGAAGAAGGAGGUAUCGGAGCUGCGUUCUGAGCUAUGGGAGAAGGAAAUGAAGCUUACAGACAUCCGCUUGGAGGCCCUCAACUCUGCCCACCAACUGGAUCAGCUUCGGGAGACCAUGCACAACAUGCAGUUGGAGGUGGACCUGCUGAAAGCAGAGAAUGACCGGCUGAAGGUAGCCCCAGGCCCCUCAUCAGGCUCCACUCCAGGGCAGGUCCCUGGAUCAUCUGCAUUAUCUUCCCCGCGCCGCUCCCUGGGCCUGGCACUCACCCAUUCCUUCAGCCCCAGUCUUGCAGACACAGACCUGUCACCCAUGGAUGGCAUCAGUACUUGUGGUCCAAAGGAGGAAGUGACCCUCCGGGUGGUGGUGAGGAUGCCCCCGCAGCACAUCAUCAAAGGGGACUUGAAGCAGCAGGAAUUCUUCCUGGGAUGUAGCAAAGUCAGUGGAAAAGUUGACUGGAAGAUGCUGGAUGAAGCUGUUUUCCAAGUGUUCAAGGACUAUAUUUCUAAAAUGGACCCAGCCUCUACCCUGGGACUAAGCACUGAGUCCAUCCACGGCUACAGCAUCAGCCACGUGAAACGAGUGUUGGAUGCAGAACCCCCUGAGAUGCCUCCUUGCCGUCGAGGUGUCAAUAACAUAUCAGUCUCCCUCAAAGGUCUGAAGGAGAAAUGCGUCGACAGCCUGGUGUUUGAGACGCUGAUCCCCAAGCCGAUGAUGCAGCACUACAUAAGCCUCCUGCUGAAGCACCGGCGCCUCGUCCUCUCGGGCCCCAGCGGCACGGGCAAGACCUACCUGACCAAUCGCUUGGCCGAGUACCUGGUGGAGCGCUCUGGCCGUGAGGUCACGGAGGGCAUCGUCAGCACCUUCAACAUGCACCAGCAGUCUUGCAAGGAUCUGCAACUGUAUCUUUCCAACCUGGCCAACCAGAUAGACCGGGAAACAGGAAUUGGGGAUGUGCCCCUGGUGAUCCUAUUGGAUGACCUGAGUGAAGCAGGCUCCAUCAGUGAGUUGGUCAAUGGGGCCCUCACCUGCAAGUAUCAUAAAUGUCCCUAUAUUAUAGGUACCACCAAUCAGCCUGUAAAAAUGACACCCAACCAUGGCUUGCACUUGAGCUUCAGGAUGUUGACCUUCUCCAACAACGUGGAGCCAGCCAAUGGCUUCCUGGUUCGUUACCUGAGGAGGAAGCUGGUAGAGUCAGACAGCGACAUCAAUGCCAACAAGGAAGAGCUGCUUCGGGUGCUCGACUGGGUACCCAAGCUGUGGUAUCAUCUCCACACCUUCCUUGAGAAGCACAGCACCUCAGACUUCCUCAUCGGUCCUUGCUUCUUUCUGUCCUGUCCCAUUGGCAUUGAGGACUUCCGGACCUGGUUCAUUGACCUGUGGAACAACUCUAUCAUUCCCUAUUUACAGGAAGGAGCCAAGGAUGGGAUCAAGGUCCACGGACAGAAAGCUGCUUGGGAGGACCCAGUAGAAUGGGUCCGGGACACACUUCCCUGGCCAUCAGCCCAACAGGACCAAUCAAAGCUGUACCACCUGCCCCCACCCACCGUGGGCCCUCACAGCAUUGCCUCACCUCCUGAAGAUAGGACAGUCAAAGAUAGCACGCCUAGUUCUCUGGACUCAGAUCCUCUGAUGGCCAUGCUGCUGAAACUUCAAGAAGCUGCCAACUACAUUGAGUCUCCAGAUCGAGAAACCAUCCUGGACCCCAACCUCCAGGCAACACUUUAAGGGUUCGGCAAUCACUGUCACCCCCGGACAGCAGAACGCUGGCAUCAGCUAUCUCAGCUCUUCCUCUCCCCUCUCCUCUUUCAGAGCACUGGCUCUCCAGCCCCAGGAGGAGAACAGGAGGGAGGAGGAGAUGAAAGAGGAGGGACAGGUUCUUGGUGCUGUACCUUUGAAAACUUCCUAGUAAGGAAUGGUGGGGUGGCGUUUGGGAGCUUGUGCCCCCUAAACACAUAUACUGGCCUCCUCUAAUGACUUUGGGGAAAAGAUGAUUCUGGGUCUUUCCCUUGACUUCUUGUUUCAAUUACAAACUCCUGGGCUUUCUGGGGAGGGGUUCAGAAAACAUCAAAACACUGCAGCAGUUCCUAAAUGAUUCUCACAAGCAACCUUGAGAGAGACAGUCAUGUGAGGGGGAUCUGGGGGAGGCAGGAAGCUCCCCAGAUUUUCUCACAGACCCUUCCCAAUUCCAUCACCACUGCCAACAACUCCUCCCCAGAGAUCUGGCUGGAGCCCAGAAAAAGAAGCAUGUGGUUUUAAAAAUGUUUAAAUCAAUCUGUAAAAGGUAAAAAUGAAAAACAAAAACAAGCAAACAAACAAAAAACAAUGGAAAAGAUGAAGCUGGAGAGAGAGGAACCAGUUGCCAAGGUAGAAAGACAGCUGCCCGCUCCUGCCCUCUGGAUGACAUAGGGGACAUCAACAAGACGGCUGCCAACCUGAGAAGUCACCAAACCACAAAAAUAACCUUACAGCCUUCAGAGAAAGACUACCAGCUCUGUCUUUCUACCCUCUAAUUUAACCUGCAUGAGAGUCAAUAAACCCUACUUUUUUAUUUUUGUUUUUUAUUUCGUUUUCAUUUUUUUCUCCCGUUUGCCUAUUUAUUUUUUUCUUUUCCCUUUUUUUUUUUUUUUUUCUUUAUCCAUUUUUCCAUUUCCUCACAUGUCCACGAGAUGCUUGGGUUGCUUUUCCAGGGGCUAGUUUGGCUUUUCCAAGUGGGUUUUCUUUGGAGAAUCUGACUCCAUAUAAUUGGCAUGACACCUGCCAUGCCAAUAUCUUUGGCAUCCAUGGGGCUUAUAUGAGACAUGAAGCAUUGGCUUGGAAGUAGAGGGAGAAGAGGAACCCAGUUCCCUUGACUUCCCUUUUGAGAAAGCACAUGUUCUGCUAGGUAGCUCAAUUGCCAGCCUCUGUCAUGAGAGGGUAUAGCCUCAUCUUGAUAGAAGAGCUACUCUGAGCUUUAUCAUGGACCAGAGGAAAACCAGGAAAUUGAAAACAUUCCUCUGUCUUGUGGCCAGUUUGGCCUUUCACUGCACUAUUCUGAUGGUGCCUGACUGAAUCAAAAUAUCCUAGCUGGCUCUUACUAUUUUUCACAAGUGAGUAUUCACAUUUAAGAGACUGAAUAUCCAUGUGAGAUCAUCCCAAUCAGAAUAUAAGACUCAAGGAGUUUGACUUGGUGGCCAAUACCUGCCUUCCAAAGAGAUCCUACAUUUGCAGAUUUGCUCCUUUCCCAUUGCCUCGAAGGUCUGGCAAUCCCUGUUCUUUCAUUUGACAAGUACUUACUGAGUACUAACUAUGUACAAAUCAUUAGGUUAACACACACACACACACACACAGACACACACACACACAAGACUUGGGCCCUUAAGUUUACAGUUCAAUAGGAAGUGUUAACCUCCAUUAAGCUACACCCCCUUGUUAUCUAGACCUUCGGGAUCAUCUAAGAAAUGUAGCUGAAACCCAAGGAGCCAGCUAGAAAGAAGCUUUUGAUUAGAUGUACAAUUCAUUGGGGACAGAAGAUCUGGGAUCAAUUAAGAUGGCACCUGAAGGACUAUGGAAUCUUGCUUGUCAGGAGUGGGCAAGUCUACUUCCUGCCAUUUCUGAAAGCCCCAUGGGACCAGCUUCCCGGCUGAGCUGCCUGGUAGGCUGAAGCUUCAGGACUCUGCAGAUCAGGGAUAUGUGAUGAGCACCGGCCUAAGUGUUUGCUCUUCAGAUUCCUAAGUAGCACAAGACUUUAUUAGAAUCUAUAGGCAUACCAGCCUGGAUCACUCUGUUCCACCCAAUGGAGGAGUAGAUACAUCUGAAUCUUCUUAUCAGUAUAUUUUCAUUUAGGUCCAAAAGAUGGUCCAGGCUGCCCCUCACAAAAGCUUCUGCAUUCACAUGGUAAGCUCCCAGGGAUGACAGGGUUCUGUAUGAUGGAGACUAUUAUUGCUAUUGCUGCUAAUUCCAUGAGCUGUGAAGAUCCCUAACCAACUCAGCUGUAACAUAUGCAAUUCUGUGGUGGGAAGAGGCUGUGUGUCCAAGGAUGGUGCUGAAAUCACUGCCUUAAGGUCUCUGCUGUGCAGAAUGAGGAGGCCCCGGAGCUGGCUGUUCUAACUUAGAAGAAAGAGAAGACUGGAUGGGCCUGCUUGGGAUCUAGGUCUCUUCUAAACCCUAUCCUAAGCUCCAGUUCCAUGGCAAGGCUCAGACUUCGCUUCACUCUAUUUUCUGGUGCUGCCCAGCCAGUGCCUUCUGCCAUGGAUGUUACUAGCUACUUGAGAAAAAGGAGAGGGGAGAACCCCUUCUUUCGUUCCAACUGCCUCCAACCCCAAAGGGAUUCUUGGCUCUCUGGUAACCAUGGAUACCACCGUGAAUUUUAUUUGGAUCCUCAGCAGGUUGAUUCUGGAGACCUCAUGCCAUGACUUUUUAUUUCUCUUCCUGGGAUCCACCACCCUCUACUCUCAGCUGACUGCUGCAUUUAGCCCAGAUCUCCAGUAGCUUUCCUCCAGAAAGUGUGUUUCCAUCUAGUGAGGUGGUAUUGAAGCCUUGGCUUUCCCUCUGGAGCCUGGGACCCUGUUUACAGUUGCACAUCUGGGCCCCUCACUGUGGGGAUCGAUCAUUCUCAUGAAGGAAUCACGGUUAUGUGGCAACUGCAGAAGGCUGAGCCUCCUCAUGGUGCUAUAACCCCUUGGGACACUCAUCCAGACUUCUCUGAAGCAGAAAACCUGAGCUCCCCACUCACUGCCCUAGAAUUUAUGGCAAGGAGCAAAUCCACAGCAUUCUCUCCCACCUAUGUCCUGCUUCUUGGUUGAGCCUACUGGGAUCCCUCAGAAAAGAAACACUGGGUCCCAUAGCUAAAUUCUCAACCCCCAGGCACCUUCAGAAGAAUCCAGCCUAAUACUGGAAUUUGUGCUAUUAUCUUCCUCUCCAGCCCCCCAACUCCAUCCCUCACCACAGUUGGCUAGGAAAUGACAUGAGUUCAAUAUCUAAUGUCAACCAUUGGGGAGAGCCACAACUCCAGGAGAGGUUCCUGAGCUGAGUCCCUUAAUUUCUGGAUGAAGAAGAUCAACAAGUUUUGUCCAAUGUACUUGUUUCUCAGACCUUGCCUAGGCACUAAAAAUAAAAUACUAGGUCAUUGGAGGCUAAUUUGGGGCCUGAUGUCUGUGUGUGUGUGUGUGUGUGUGUGUGUGUGUGUGUCUCCCUCUCUUACACACACAAGAGCAGUAUACUGUUGCUGUUUCCUACCUUCUGAGGCUUCAAAGUAUUUUUUAAAAUCUAUGCUUUGUGGCAGCUCUACGGUGCUUAUCUCUGUCUUUGUGUCAAUCCUUAAGUACCCAUGUCUUUUUCAUGUCUAACCAUUGGGAAGGGAGAGGCUGGCAGGGAAGACGAAUCUGCUACAAGUCCAUGGGAAGACCCUACAAUGAAAUCCUUAUUGGUUGGUAUACUGUUUUGGUCUUGAAUUGCCAACUUUCCAGCUGAUCUAGCCAUACUCCUUAAGUACUAACGACAAAAAUAGAGUGCUUUUUUUUCCUUCUUAAUGUCUUGCCUUCUGGUUUUCCUGGUUUGCAAGACUAAGUGUACCUAAUCUCACCAUCUCUUCACUUCUAGCUCCCUAAAACAAGGGUCACACUACUCCAAGGGAUAACCCCUUACAGUGGUCUGAGGAGUAACUAUUUCCUAAAGUAUUCUAAAAGAGUAGGAAGAGAGAAAUGGUACCCUGCUGCUUCUCAGAGAUACCUCACAUCCUCACUUGGGAUGGCAUCCACAUAGAAAUCCCACAUUUAGGUAAAAUUUGCCUGACUGAAGGGGACUCAGUCCUCCAAAUGAGGAUCAAGGAGGUAUCUACGUGAGAUCUUAAGAACUCUUUAUUGCCAUUAGUUGGAGAGGGUGAGGGAAUUGUCCUAAUCGCACAUUUAACACAGGGAAUAAGUGCUGAAGUUACCCAGUAGUUGGAGAGGGUGGGGGAAUUGUCCUAAUCGCACAUGUAACACAGGGAAUAAGUGCUGAAGUUACCCAGUAGUUGGAGAGGGUGGGGGAAUUGUCCUAAUCACACAUCUAACACAGGGAAUAAGUGCUGAAGUUACCCAGAUCACCAAGUGCGGCUCCUCAUCAUACUUUAUUUUUGCUUUCCUUAUUCCUUGGUGCUGACUAAGCUGAAGUGAAGAAGCAGACUUCAUAAGCCAACCCCUGUGAUGGGAUGGGAAAAUGGGCUUUUGCAGAGGGUUUAUUAAUAGAGAUGGAUUUACUACUCACAAGUUCUGGUUCAUGGCUCCACAGAGAAGGCCAUAGUAAUAAAAUGAUCUUACAAACACUGUUCCCCAAAGGCCAAAGCCUGAAGAUAUUGUCUCUUAUAAUCCAGUCAGCCUUAUAUUUUAAUGAGUCCUGAAUCAACCUGAUUAUGGAUAUAUGGUGCCACCAACUUGACACUCCCCACUGCCUAGGGUACAUGGGUGCAUGUCUGCUCAGCCUAGCCUUGGAAGCGAGCACUGCCAGCCACAGAUCCUGGGAAAGGUGGUAGUAACCUGGAAAAUGUUGUAGCCUUGAAGGUAGGAUACCUAUGAAAAUGCCAAAGCUGCAGGGACACGAAGACAGUUGAAAAUUCAACCUAUGUGUAUUAGAUCCUUCCAGUUUGAUGGUUUGGUCAUUCUUCAUUAUACCAUGGAGAAUUUUCUGUGACAAGGGUGGUCAUGGAAUUAAGUGAGUGAUCCCCUGGUUUCUCAUUCCUUAAAGCAGUGGUUCUCAAAGUAUGGCACAAGACCAGCAGCAUCAGCAGCAUUUGGAAACUUGUUAGAAACAAAAUUCUCAAUCCCAUCCCUGAUCUGCUGAAUCAGAAACUCUAGUGAGAGGACCCAGCAAUCCAUAUUUUAAGAAACCCUCCUGGUGAUUCUGAUGCACACUAAAUUCAACUAUUUUAAAGGGAAAGCCCUUUAGAGUAUUGGAGUUCCCACACCGAGAGGCUUUGGGGCCCAAAAUAACAAGGUUCUAGGUUGUAAUUCAGACUUUAACAUUAAUUUCAAAGUCACCUUUCUCAUGCUUCCUUGUGUUUCUGUUUUUCCAUUUAUUUUAACAAAGAAAGGUAUGUGUGCUUUUGGGUGGAAGUUAGGAGAAUGUUUGCAUCUUUCCUAGUUGAACACAACCUUCAGAGAAAAACCUUAUGCCUUGGAAAUUACUAGCUGGCACACUAAGGGGCUUCAACAAGGAAAGCAUUUGGAGGUCUCUUCCAGAUUGCUCUUCUGCCGAAUUAUUUAUAUCUAUUCUGAGCUGAUUAUGUAAUAGGAUGGAAAAAGUUUUAAAAAAAAUAUCGAAUGUGUAUUUCCAUGACAACGUGUUCUCCCAGCAACAUCCCUCUCCUUUAUUUGAGUUAUAAAGGGCACUGCUGGGCCUGAGAACUGGGCCAGAACCUCCUUCUGUAUGGCAGCUAACAGUGUAGGGCUUCAGUAUCCCAGGAAGGCCCCUUAUUCACACUCUACUCAGCUCAUAGGAGAGUCUUGCGUAAUGAAGACACAGCCCUGAGCACUUCAGUCCUUGUGCUCCUCCUCUCUUUUCCCCAUAGCAGGACCUGGAUACGGAAGUACUCAGCCAAGGUGAUAGAAUAAAAUCAUAUUUUCUUUUUGUUUUUUUGUUUGUUUUUGGUUUUUUUGGAGAAGGAGUCUUGCUUUGUCACCCAGGCUGAAGUCCAGUGGCACGAUCUCGGCUCAUUGCAACCUCCGCCUCCCAGAUUCAAGCGAUUCUCCUGCCUCAGCCUCCUGAGUAGCUGGGAUUACAGAAGUGCGCCACCAUGCCCAGCUAAUUUUUGUAUUUUUAGUAGAGACGGAGUUUUGCCUUGUUGGCCAGGCUGGUCUCGAUCUCCUGACCUCAGGUUAUCCGACUGCCUUAGCCUCCCAAAAUGCUGGGAUUACAGGCAUGAGCCACAGUGCCCUGCCAAAUAAGAUCCUUUUUUAGAAAAAUCUGAAAAAGCUUCAUAUCUUUACAAACUCACAAAGUAGCUGAUUGGGCCAUGGGAGAGAUGAGGCUUUUUAGAACUGGUUUUGUUUCAAGUUUGUCAAUUUUCCAUGUGUGAGAACUUGGGCAGAGCACAAAGAAACAUACAUUGCUAGUAAUAGGUCUCCUGAGCUCUGGAACUAAGUGUUUGGAGGAGGACUAAAGCACGAGGGAGGUGAGUACAAAAUAAUUCCACUAAAAUCACCUCCUCAGUCCCCCGAAGGCUGAUGGUGGAUCCUCUGGCCAUCUCCUGUGGGUUUUUCCUGCUUCUCUGCCAUUUCUCUAUGCCCGAAGACACGAAGAUGAUAUCAAGGCAGAGCUCCCAUAUCACAGCCAGUCUCUGGGCCACUGCUGUGCAGUGCCUCCCACUUUCUAAUGCUUUUUUGUUUUUGCUUUUUCUAACAAAACAAUCUUUUUUUAAAAUGAAUUCCAACCCCUGCUAGCUUCCUUCCCCGCCUCCAUACUGUUUUAGGCAGCACCGUUUAUGUGACAGUCUGUGUUUCUCAAAUGCAUGGUGUUCCUCAGGUGGAGAGUGGGCAGAAGUUUUUGCAACACUUUUUUUUUAAGUUAUUGGGUGCAAAAUCCCAGACCAGGAUAUGUGUAUGUCUGUGUGUUUAUGUUUUUUCUUAUUUGACCCUCCCCUCGUUCAACCUACCCCCUUUUAUAUCUAAUGUAGAAAAAGCGAAACUGAAUCUGGAAAGCAAAUUGUUGUAUAUAGUUGCGGUAACAAUCAUGAAGAGAGAGCUGGGCUGUCCCCUUAGUAAUUCAUUUUAGAUAACACAUUAUUUAAAAAUAAAAUUCAUGCCAGAGCCAGCUGAAGAGGCCUUCCUUCAUCACCACUGAGGCCACCCCCAUCUGGGCCCUCUGUCCUUCUGGCAUGUCUCCUCCCAGCAAGAUUCAUCUGUUCAAUGCCAUUUGCGUUUCAAUAAAGUUAUCUCCUGUAUUGUC